AUGCCUCAGUGCAUUUACACAUUGUCUGCUUGCUGCAUCUUUCUGCGUCUCGGUUCACCGCCAAACUACGCAGCGCUCUCGCCGACGAUGACACACGGUAACAUCGGUUCUUGGGGCAAGCAGGAAGGGGACGAAAUCGCGGCGGGAGACGUUGUAUGCGAGGUUGAAACGGACAAGGCGACCGUAGAUUUCGACGCGCAAGACGACUCCUUCAUGGCGAAGCACCUGGUCGAGGCCGGCACCCAGGACAUCGCCGUCGGGACCCCGAUCUUCGUUACCGUAGACGACGCCGACUCCGUGGCGGCCUUCAAGGACUUCGAGGCGGAAGCGGUGCAGGGAGAACCAGAGGCAGCCGCACCGGCCGCGGAAGCCGCGCCCAACCCCGAGGAGGCAGCGCCAGCACCCGCCGCCAAGAAGGAAGCGCCGCCGGCGCCUGAAGCAGCACCGGCCCCCGCCCCCGCCCCUGCCCCUGCCCCUUCCCCUGCCCCCACCACCGCCGCACCUGUCGAGCGACCGCCUGCGCCUGUGUCGUCGCCGGAGCUUGUUUUCAAAAGGGACUGGGGAAGCGGGGUCCGUGGUAGUGCGCUGGCUCACAGGAUGUCGGCGGAGCAGAAGAAGUACGUCGAGCGCUUUGGGUCUACCCUUCAGCAGCCCCUGGACCCCUAA